ACGAUCUUUGAAAUAAAAAAACAAGGAUAUUCCAUAAUAAUGGAAAUCUAAAAGGUGGAUAAAUGUAUUACAUACCUUGUUUAUUGUACCAAUUUCCACCCUUAAUAACGUAUGCCAUUAUUAUGAUGAUGAACGAUUUUUUAUCGGUCGCGGGAUCGAACAAUAUUUUCGACAAUAAAUUAGCACCCGGAAUUUUUAAAGAGCUAGGAUCUGAAUCGGAGACAAUUUUAUCGCAUUUCGCUGAUAUGAACUUUUUACAUAAUAAUACCAACAAUCAAAUAUUGUCUCAAAAAUCUUUUCUCGCUGAUUCCAUGUUUCUUAAUUCCAAAUCAAUGCAUACGGAUGGAAGAUUGAAGGACAAGAAGAGAAAGAAAAGAAAACGUGAUAAAAACCGAAUUUUGAUUCGUAGAUCCAAGAGUAAAGGUCAGUAUAAGGCGAUUCGCGAUGCGUCCGAUUCAUAUUCCAAUGGUGGUUUUGUAUACAGGAAUGAUUUAUCCUUUAUUCCCAUAAAGAACAAACGUCGGAACAUUAAAAAGACGAUACCUUUUCACAAUUCUGUCACCGAAGAGGAGAAUCCAUCGCAUUUCCAUAAAAACAAUGUUUUAAAAGUUAAAGACAACCAUAAGCCCACACAUAAUAUUGGCCUUAGUAGAAAGGAAGGAUGGAUAGAUUAUUUUCAAAAUAGAUCUUUAAACUCACCUCAGCGAGAAAGCGAUUCUCUCUAUUAUCAUUAUGAAGUUGAUACAGAAAAAUUAGACGGAUCAAACAAGGAUAAAAUCAACAAUGAAAAUGGUGGUUUAAACUCUGUGCCUUCUUCAUAUGCCGCUAGUCGAACAAAGAGACCUAAUAUCAUAUUGAUGCUCACCGAUGACCAAGAUGUGGAAUUGGGCUCUUUGAAUUUCAUGCCGAUAUUGAAAUCGGUUUUUGAAGGCGGAGGCGCAAAAUUCAGUAACGCCUAUGUGACCACCCCUGUAUGUUGUCCAUCAAGGAGUUCUAUCCUAACAGGAAUUUACGCUCAUAAUCACAAUGUACUCACCAACAACAUGAAUUGUUCUUCGCUCCAAUGGCAAAUGACCCAUGAACCUAGAACAUUUGCUAACUAUUUACAAAUGGAGGCUGGUUAUAAAACAGGCUACUUCGGAAAAUAUUUAAACGAAUACAACGGUUCCUAUAUACCUCCUGGGUGGGAAGAAUGGUCGGGACUUGUCAGAAAUACGAGAUACUAUAAUUACACUAUAAAUCAUAAUGGGAUUAAAAUAAAACAUGGCGACAUUUACGAAGAAGACUACUUCAGUGAUUUGAUAAUCAAUGAUAGCUUAGCAUUUUUGAGGGGUUCUAAAUAUGCUCAUCCAAAAAGUCCAUUGCUUAUGGUCCUGAGUAUGCCUGCCCCUCACGGAACCGAAGAUAGUGCGCCUCAAUACAAUCACAUGUUCAAGAACGCAACUAGCCACAGAACUCCUUCCUGGAAUUAUGCUCCUAACAUGGAUAAAGAAUGGAUUUUACAAAGAACAGGCAAAAUGGAACCUAUUCACAUCGCUUUCACGGAUAUGCUCAAUCAGAAAAGGCUUCAAACUUUGCAAUCUGUAGACGAGGGCAUAAUGAGACUAUAUCACGAAUUAGAUAGCAUGAACGAACUCGAUAAUACUUAUUGGAUAUAUUCAUCUGACCAUGGUUAUCAUUUAGGCCAAUAUGGUUUAAUAAAGGGGAAAUCUCUACCGUAUGAAUUCGAUAUCAAGGUUCCACUAUUUAUUCGAGGACCCGGUAUUAAAUCUCACAUCGAAAUAAAAAAGAUCGCUUUAAACAUCGAUAUAGCGCCGACGAUUUUGGAUAUGGCCGGUAUAGGCGUAAAGGAACAUAUGGACGGGAAAAGUUUGUUGCAAUUGUUGAAGAAGGAAGAUCAGAUAAAUGCCAAAAAUGAUCGAAUUUGGGGAGAUACUUUUUUGAUAGAAAGAGGCAAAAUCACGGAAAAGUUGCUUAAACGUAUUCAGGAUGAACAAUCGGGGUUCAGCGUACAGAAUCAGAACGGUGAUUUGGGAAGAAUAACAAAAAGUCAAUGGAUCAGAGAAGAAUGCCUCAAGCCCGAAAAUUCUUCUCCUUGCAAAAAAGAUCAAAAAUGGUUCUGCAAGAGAGAUUCUAACCCCUAUCCCUAUAAAUGGCGUAUGGUCAAAUGUCGUCAUUAUGGGCUAAUGAUAAAAGACCAAUGCAUGUGUAUUCCUUCUAAGUUCAAUGAUGGAGUACCCCAGAAGGAAAAACUGAGGCAGAAAAAGUUUCUCAAAAAGUAUGCUAACCAGAAAUUCCAGCCCCACUUUAUGAAUAGGCAGAUCCACGCUCUUGACAAUGACUUGAAAGAGAUAUACCCCAGUGAUCCGUCGAGUCAAUCAUCGAUCGAUCAAGAUAAUUUUGAAGGUUUUUCUAAUAAAGGAGAUCAAGAUCGGGACAACUUUCGACAAGAUGAAACAUAUGAUCAAAGUCACUUAUCUAAAGAAGAAAAAGAGAACAAUGAAGGAAUAGGAUAUUAUGGAAGUGAAUAUAAAUAUGUUGAUGGGACGUCCUCUAAUUCGGUAUCGCUAGAUAAAUCAAGCUUCGGUUCUUAUCAUGGUUCUAACGAGAUAACAAUCAUGAGAUCUGAUCACGACUUAUCGGGCAGAACAAAUACGAAUUCUUAUUCGCGCGAUGCAGUUGAUUUAAACGAGGGCAAAUCAAAUUUAGACGGAAAUCACUAUCAUCGGCUCAAGAAAAAUCAACCACAAUUUGAUCCACGAAAAUUAGGGGAAAGGUACUCAAAAAUGGAUUUUAAAAACUCCUCCCUCAAAAAUUUGUUAAAGCUUGAACAUAGAGAGAAGUGUUUGCAAAACUUGAAAAAACGUAACAAACAUAGGAAAAAACGUAAAAAGAGAAAUAUCAAAAAAUGUAGAAUGACCGAAAACAAUACUGUCAUUUGCGAAUAUUCGGUUUACAGUUUAUAUCUCUGGGAUAGGCACAAAGAAGACAUUAGAGAUCAAAUAAAAGCUUAUAAGGCUUGCCUAAAGGAAUUAAAAGACAUCCGUAACUUUUUGAAAAAGCAUCAAAAUUCUUUAAAAUUUCGUAGUGAAAGGUCGGAAAGUUUUCCUUUUCCUAACGCUUCCGUCGUAACUGAUAAUAGAAUAAUUUCGCCGUUAUAUUCAGCAAAAUCAGAAAAAAAAGAAAAAGAUAAUCAUAAUCUUAAUUAUGAAAUUUGCGCUUGCCCUCAAUACGUAGGACACUAUAACGGAAUAAGCGGGAAUGAUGAAGAGGUACAGAGUUCGUACGAUCAUUACGAAGAUACUAUCGGAGAACUAAGCAGUGAUCGCCCAUACAUAAUAGAUAGCUAUGAUGCCCAAGCUAGAAAUGAAAAGCCAAUAGGAAUAGUAGAAGGUUUAGAGAUACACGGCCAAACUGUUAACAAUUUAUAUAAUGUUGCAGGCGAAGAUGAUUAUUCAGUCAAAACAAAAAGAAAUGCUCUCAAGCAUGGCGCGUUUAUCAGGACUUCGAAAAGUUUGGACAGCUUUAAACCUAAAAAAACGCGGCAAAAAAGGCAUAGGAAGAAAAAACACAAAGAUGGAAAAGAUAAAUGCUGCAACGAAAAAAUGAUGAAUUGCUUUCAACAUGAUAAUUAUCACUGGAAAACGCCACCUUUUUGGACACUGGGACCAUUUUGCUUCUGCCAAAACGCCAAUAACCAAUCCUUCUCCUGCUUACGAACAAUCAACAAAACGUUUAAUUUUUUGUAUUGCGAAUUCGUGACCGGAUUUAUAAGUUAUUAUGACAUCGAAAACGAUCCUUAUCAACUCAAAAAUAUAGUGGCAAAAUUAUCGUUACCGAAGCUUCUAAAUCUACAUAAUAUGUUAUUGAAACUAAAAACUUGCAAAGGACAGGAAUGUAAUGUGCUUUUUAACCAAAAACUCAGCUAAAAGAUAGCAGCAUUAUACCCAAUAAUUGGUCGACGGAGAAAUAACGAUUUUUGUCGAGUCUUCUAGGAGAAAAAUGUACAUGAAUCUUUAUAGAUUUCAUUUUAUAAACUCCUUCAUUAAUGCUAAACCACUACUUAUUCCUUUUGUAAUUUCAACUUUAUAAUAUUUUAUUAAAUUAUUAACUUGUAUAGUAAAUGAAACAUUCUUCAUUUUCUAACUAUACUAAUUUAUUUAAAGUUGAUUUAUAAUCUUUACUAGGGAUAUUUUCGCUAAAAAUGUUAUUAUAUGUGUGAUUUUCAAUCCAAAACAAGUGUAAAAUUGCAUUCGAUCAUUGUAUAUUUUUUAAAAAAUAUGUAUAUAUUUUAAAAAAAUGUUGUGAAUUUCUAUGAAUUUAUUAUACGAAGAUUAAAUACCAAAUUACUUAUUAAAUGAAAUGCAUAAAAAUAUAAAUGAUCAUAAUGAAGCAAUACGCUAGCCCAUUGAUCACAAGUGUUGGCGGUAAAUGAUCAAAGAAUCUGCAUCUAAUAUUUAUUUU